UGUCAUUCUUUUUUUCUUCUUCUUCUGUUAACCAUACACAUACUUACAAUGUCAAAUUCAGCCAAAGAAGAGAUUCCUGAAGACGCUAAUGAGCACUGUCCCGGACCCGAAAGUGAAUUAGCCGGCAAGAAAGAUGCAUGCGAUGGCUGUCCUAACCAAACCAUUUGCGCCACAGCACCCAAGGGACCUGAUCCAGAUAUCUCAGUGAUUGCGGAACGUUUGUCAGGUAUUAAACACAAGAUUCUUGUGCUUUCUGGUAAAGGCGGAGUCGGUAAAUCGAGUUUUACUUCGCAAUUGGCAUGGGCAUUAUCGAGUGAUGAGGAUGUGCAGGUGGGUGUAAUGGAUAUUGAUAUUUGUGGACCUUCUAUCCCUACGAUUAUGGGUGUGGUGGAUGAACAAAUUCAUCAGAGUAACAGUGGAUGGCAACCCGUAUAUGUCCAGGAUAACUUGGGUGUGAUGUCUAUUGGUUUCAUGUUACCAGAUAAAGAUGAUGCUGUGAUUUGGAGAGGACCUAAAAAGAAUGGACUGAUCAAACAGUUUUUGCGGGAUGUGGAUUGGGGAAAUCUGGAUUUUUUGUUAGUGGAUACACCACCUGGAACUUCGGAUGAACAUCUUUCAUUGGCCUCAUUCUUGAAGGAAUCUGGUAUCGAUGGCGCAGUGAUUAUCACUACACCACAAGAAGUAGCACUUCAAGAUGUACGUAAAGAAAUCGAUUUUUGUAGAAAGGCAAAGAUCAAGAUUUUGGGUUUGGUGGAAAAUAUGUCUGGAUUUGUUUGCCCUAAUUGCCACGGUGAAUCUGUCAUUUUCCCUCCUACUACAGGUGGUGCAGAGGCAUUAGCCAAGGAAUUUGGCAUUGCCUUGUUGGGAAGAAUCCCUUUGGAUCCUCGUGUAGCCAAGAGUUGUGAUAUGGGUGUCUCCUUUUUAGACGAGUAUCCUGGUUCCCCUGCCUGUGUUGCCUAUGAAGAUAUCAUUGACAAACUGAGAGAUAUUGUGGAAUAAAAUACAAAAAAUGCCUGUGUGUGUGCGGUGUGUGUGUGUGUGUGUGUGUGU